UUCGGGGUUCGGGUGUCUGUUCCUGUUCUGUUCUGUUCCCUCCCUUGUUCACGUUCACAUACAUACACCGAUGUUUCGAAUUCAGUUCAGUUUCAGUAGCGAACUGGCAAGGUGCGUGAUGUUGAAGGUGCUUUGUUGAUAAUUUGAGUUGGCUUUCGCGAAUGAAGUUGAGUUGAACUAUGAUCAAGGCUUAGUGCUCAUUUACGUGUCUUCAAAAAUUAUAUAACUUAAUCUUGAAAAUUUUUGCCUUCCAGUUUUUUUGAGAGUGCUUUGAUUUUUCAGCAAUCAAGUGGUGCAGUUCAAAAUUCAUAUUUCGAGAUAGAAUUUGGGUGACUACUUCAUUCAUCCUUAAGUAGUGUCUGGGGGCAAGCUGGGACAGCGAGCAUUGGCUCCUAAAUACAUCAGGCUGUUCACUCAGGUGAAGAAUGAGGUAGCAAGGAUGGGCCGCGGAGGGCGCAAGUUGGCCCUUCUGUUAGCGGCUCUGCUGGUGUUUAUACUGCUGACCUACAAGCUACAGCUGUGUAGCCCAGCAGACAGGGGGCCUGUCAUGGUGCCCAAACAGACGUACGUGGUAGGCAGUGACAACCAGGUGUACAGCUAUGACAGGUACAUGCCACUGAUAUUCAUUGGAGGAGUACCGAGGUCGGGGACGACGCUGAUGAGAGCAAUGCUGGACGCUCACCCGGAUGUAAGGUGUGGUCAAGAGACCCGAGUCAUACCCAGGAUACUGCAGAUGCGCCAGCAUUGGAUGAAAAGCAAAAAGGAGACCCUGCGGUUGGAGGAGGCGGGUGUCGAUAAAGAGGUACUGAACUCUGCCAUCGCGUCAUUCUGCCUGGAAGUGAUUGCUAGGCAUGGGGAGCCAGCUCCCAGACUCUGCAACAAGGAUCCUCUCACCCUCAAAUCAGCUGACUACCUCUCUGAACUCUUUCCUCAAGCCAAGUUCAUCUUCAUGGUGAGAGAUGGCAGAGCCACUGUACACUCCAUCAUAUCUAGACAGGUGACCAUCACAGGGUUUGACCUGACGAGUUACAGACAAUGUCUCCAAAGGUGGAACAAUGCCAUCGCUACUAUGUACGACCAGUGUCAGCUAGUUGGGUCAGAACGCUGCAUGAUGGUGUACUAUGAACAGCUUGUACUGCACCCGGCACACUGGAUGCGGGAGAUACUCAACUUCCUCGAUGUUCCUUGGAAUGAAAGUGUUUUGCACCAUGAAGACCAUAUCAACAAACCAGGCGGCGUACUGCUGUCCAAGGUUGAGAGGUCCUCAGACCAAGUUAUCAAGCCUGUAAACGUAGAGGCACUGACCAAGUGGGUCGGCCAGAUGCCCCAGGACGUAGUACAGGACAUGGCCGAGCUGGCGCCUAUGUUGGCCAAGUUAGGGUAUGACCCUCACGCCAACCCGCCCAACUACGGCUCUCCCGACGCCUUCGUAGCAGACAACACACGGAGGAUACGAGACCAAAGCAGCUUGUGGGAGAAGAAGGCACAUAACCUGCAGUUGCCCCUAGCGCCCGUGGUGGAGGAACUGGACACUACUGCGACCACCACUGCGUGACAGUGAACCAAACACAUAUGGACAGUUUCUUUCUAUUGACUGGAUUUUUAUUUAUUUUUGUUUUUACACAGGUGCGAUUAUUGGUGGUUACAAAUUUUUUAUGUUUGUUGAUUUUGUAUUAUUAUAUUUUUACAACCUGGAGCCGUACUUGUUAAUUGUUAAUUCUAUUUUUAGAUAUUUUCCUUUUAAAUUCAAUUUGUAAGUAUAUUUUUAUUAACAAGAAAACGGAACCAAAAAGAUUUUGGGCAUUUUAAAUGUUUUUUUUUUUUUUAAUUAGUAGGAAAACUUCUGCUUUCUAUGUUUUUAUAAUAAUUAUAUUUUUGUAAAGUAGUAUAUUUAUUGUUUUGCUGGCCUAUAUCUGUCUGGUACAAAGAAGAAAUGUUGGCACAAGUUAUAAUCAUGUAAAUCUAUUGUGGAUCAUUCCAAGCUUAGCUGAAGUGACUGUUAAUAUUUGUGAUUGAAUUUUCCAAAUGAUAUAUAUACAUAAAUUAAUUUGUAAAUAGGUAAGGUAAUAAAUUAUUUUUGUAUAUAA